AUGCCUUUCUAUGAAGUCCACCACUCUUGUCCUUUCACACAGGACCAACGUCAAAGCCUAGCAACCGCAAUUACAAGGCUUCACUGCGAAGCCUUCAAUACACCAGCAUUCCUGGUCCAUGUACGCUUCUUCGCAGAAGACAACACCGACAACACUUACUUCGUCGCUGGAAAGUCACAUCCUCUAUCAUCGAACCGCAUCUCUGGAAACGUUCGCACGUCUGCAGCCCGAUCGAAAGCAGAUUUCGAUGAGCUUGGUGCCAAGAUCGAAGCAGCUUGGUACGAAACGCUCCAAGUCACGUCGCCACCUGAGAAGUCAACAUGGAGCGAGGAAGAUGAGAAGACGAGGUUAAUCAUGGUGAAAUUCGUACCGCUAGUCACGAUUCGAGAGGGAGGAAUGGCUGCGCCUCAGGCCGGCGAGGAAGAAGCCUGGCUUAAAGAGCAGCUACCUCAUAUCGAGAGCAUGGCUGAAAAAGGCGUUGAGGACUUCAUUGACUUCUGGAAUGAAGCCAAGGGGAACAAGGGUUAA